AUGACCGACUGGGACCCCUCUGACGCUCAGUUUGUGGAUGCCAUCCACACAGACUCUGACUAUUUUGGCAUCUCCAUCCCCGUCGGCCAUGUGGACUUCUUUCUGAAUGGAGGGAAGGAUCAGACAGGAUGUGCCCGCUCGAGGUUUCCCUCGAUGUAUGGUUAUGUGAUAUGUGACCACAUGAUGGCGCUGCACGUCUACAUGAGCGCGCUGAACGGCUCGUGCCAGUUAAUGGGGAUCCCGUGCUCCACCUAUGAGGACUUUCUGAAGGGACGCUGCGUAGACUGUAACGUCUUCAAAGGGAAGUGUCCGGUAAUAGGUUUAUCAGAAAACAGUGGGAUAGCCAUAUCUCCACUUCCCAAAGAGCAGAAACUGUUCCUCCUCACAACGUCUGUGUCACCUUUUUGCGCUCGUCACAUCCUGCUGGAGAUGGAAGUUUCGCAGUUGGAUAAGCGCGCUGAGAUUGAAGUGGCUCUGAGGACUGAAAACCUGGAAACAAAGCAGAGGCUCAGGCUUCAGACGGAUACAGUGGUGUACAGGACGGUGAUGGCUCACCCUACGGGUCUGUGUGAGAUCAACUCCAUCAGUCUGAAAAACACAGGAGCUCGCUUCUACAGACAGGGAGAGAUCCACGUCAAGUCUGUCUGUGUGUCCGACUUGCCCUCUCACAGACACGAGGAGCCUCUGUGUGUGAACAGCAUGAAUAUACGAGGAGAUCUGUGGUCCCACGACUUUGUGCAGCUGUGUGACGUCUUCUGAAGAGAAAGAUGUCCUGCAAAGAUACUGACACGGAAAUAACGUCACAUUUUUACCACCUUGUUUAAUUCUAACAUCAUGACUGAAACUGGGGGAAAAGGUUAUUUACAUUUGUACAUCAGUGUUUGCGGCACCUUGUUUUUUGUCAUUCAGAGUUUGCCUGUUAGUUCACUCCUGCCUUUAAAAACUGUUCUGCAUCCCGGUCCCCACGUUUGCUGUGUUUCCCCACAAGAUGUUUUAGCAAUAAACGUAGCAACAAACUCGCA